AUGCAUCUCUCUUCAGUGACCUUAUCUCUACUCUGUGUCUCCGUUGCCCACGCCGUAGGCUUACGGAGACCUCUUGCACCACCUUUCAGGGCCGCAUUCACCAGACAUGCCGUAGCUGGCAAUUCAACGUUUGAGCAGCUGCUUGAUCACAAGAAUCCACACCUCGGAACAUUUUCUCAACGCUUCUGGUGGAACGCGGAAUGGUGGAACGGAGAGGGGUCACCGGUGGUCCUCUUCACCCCUGGUGAGGAAGCAGCCGAUGGAUAUGUCGGCUACUUGACGAACAAGACUAUUACUGGGCUUUAUGCGCAGGAAAUCAAGGGAGCUGUGAUCAUGCUUGAGCACCGCUACUGGGGAGAAUCAUCUCCAUAUAGCGAGUUGACAACUGAGAAUCUGCAGUACCUGACUUUGGAAAAUUCUAUUGCUGACCUUACAUACUUUGCCAAAAACGUGAAGCUUCCCUUCGACAGGAAACGCAGCAGCAAUGCUCAAAAUGCGCCCUGGGUCCUCAGUGGAGGAUCUUAUAGCGGUGCUCUGACGGCCUGGACCGAGUCGAUGUCCCCAGGCACUUUCUGGGCUUACCAUGCAUCCAGUGCUCCUGUUGAGUCUAUUUUCGACUACUGGCAAUACUUCAAACCUGUCCAGGAGGGAAUGCCGCAGAACUGCAGUCUUGAUGUCUCUCGGGUAGUUGAUUUCAUUGAUCAAGUCAAUAAAAAUGGAACAGACAGACAGCAACAGACCCUGAAAGAUAUGUUUGGGCUCGGCGAUCUGGAGUAUUUUGAUGAUUUUGCAAAUGCGCUGGAGAACGGACCAUGGCUGUGGCAGGAGAAUACGUUCUACACAGGCUACUCUGGUUUUUAUGAAUUCUGCGACUAUAUUGAGAAUGCCAACAGCACCGUUGCCGGACCCGAUGGUGUUGGCCUCCACAAGGCGCUUCACGGUUAUUCAGAGUGGUUCAAGAAUGUUUACUUUCCUGGAUCCUGCGCGUCCUACGGCUACUGGAGUGAUAACUACACAACUGCAUGCUAUAACACUCACGAUCCUGACAGCCCUAUUUAUACGGACCUGUCCGUGAACAACACUGUUGAUAGGCAAUGGGAGUGGUUCCUGUGCAACGAGCCGUUCUUCUACUGGCAAGAUGGUGCGCCGUCCGAUGUCCCAAGCGUGGUCUCUCGCACUGUCACCGGCGAAUACUACCAAAGGCAGUGCCCCUUGUACUUCCCCGAGGUGAACGGCCACACCUACGGUAGCGCCAAGGGCAAAACGGCCGCCCAGGUCAACUCGUGGACCAAAGGCUGGGAUCUUACUGAUACAACUCGACUUACUUGGACCAAUGGGCAAUAUGAUCCCUGGAGAGAGGCCGGUGUCUCUUCAGGCUUCCGCCCUGGCGGGCCACUCCAAUCCCGGCCUUCGGCACCCGUUCAUGUUAUUCCAGACGGCAUUCACUGCUCGGAUCUCAUUCUUGAAAAUGGUGCAGUGAAUGCGGGUGUGCAGGCAGUGAUUGAUGCUGAAGUUGCACAGAUCAAGGAAUGGGUGGCGGAAUACUAUCAAAAAUAA